AUGGAAGCUUAUUCCAGCUCUUACCCUACGUCAAAUUCUUCAUACUUAUCACAAAACCCUGGCGAAACCAAGGGUAUAAAAAAUGCUUACCCUUUGCAAUCCCAUUCCUUGCUCCAUUCCGUGCGGAAGUCACAGUCAAAACCGUGGAAGAGGGCGCCAGUGGCACCACCGCUACCAACACCGAUCAAAGUAUACAAGGUGGACGCUAUAAACUUCCGAGACCUAGUUCAGCACCUUACGGCUGCACCAGAGUUCAAGCCUCAGCUUCAUCAUCAACUUCUUCAAAGUGUUGCAUCAACUGCUACCUCAACAAUGUCCACUAACUGGUACGAGGGAGCACAAUCUGAAGCAUUGGGAAUGGAAUCUCAGGAAACUACUGGUGGAUUGCUGGAAUUGAAUUUAUCCUCAACCUCUUCUUAUAACUGGUGUUCAGUCCCUCGUAUGAAUCAAGAAACGAUGACCAACUGGGAACCUGGCCGGGUUCUCGAGUUCUAA